CACCUUCAGCCGGACCCGAUCAGUGUUCGUUCUUUUUUCGCGCAUCUUCAACUCUCUCCGAGACACCUCUCCACCCCCACCUCGUCAAAACCAAUCCCCAUCACAACAACCACCGCCGUCACCGACCGCCCAAUAUGUCUCUGACAUCGUUCAUUGCCGACCUCUACUCUUCGCUCACCGUUGGUGAGGUCCACGCCGACGCACCUCCGGCCGCGCCCGAGUCCGAGCAGGAGGAGGAGCCCGCUAAGCAGGAGGAGCCGGAAGAGGAGGAGACUAAGGAGGAGCCCGUGGAGGAGGAGGAAGAAGAAGAGGAGCCUGAGGACAUCAUGCCCGCUCUCCUGGAGGAGUGCGAGAAGACCAAGGAAUGUUCUCCAGCUAAGCACCACUACGACGAGUGUGUCGAGCGUGUCACUGCCGCCGCCGAGGACGCCGACAACAAGGGCCCCAAAGAGGACUGUGUUGAGGAGUUCUUCCACCUCAUGCACUGCACCACCCAAUGCGCUGCCCCAAAGUUGUUCGCUAAGCUCAAGUAAACGCUGGCAACAUCAUUAUACCAAUACACCUUUUCAAUGGGUAUAAAACUCAAAUAAAUGAUGGCUCAGGGCUGGUUAAUGGUGGACCGGGGCUUGAAGGCUGUUACGAGAGCGAGAGUUUUGUGUGGGUUCGGGUUCAAUAGAAAAAAUGAUGAGUUUGAACGAAUCUAAGGGGAGUACUUUUGUACAAGAUAUCUAUAAAUCUGUAUUUUUGAUAGCCAUGCAAUUCCCCUUCCUCUUUCACUAUGUUCCCUUUACAGAUAUAGCACCGAUACCGAAGACUUGCUC